AUGGCAACCCCCUCAAAACAAGAUAUUUCCACAAUAUUUAAGAGACUUCGCUCCAUUCAGACAAACAAGGUUUGCUUUGACUGCUCUGCUAAAAACCCCAGUUGGGCCAGCAUCACAUAUGGUGUAUUCCUUUGUAUUGACUGCUCAGGGACACAUCGGUCUCUGGGGGUGCACCUGUCAUUUAUCAGGUCUACAGAGCUGGACUCAAAUUGGACAUGGUUUCAAUUGAGGUGUAUGCAAGUGGGAGGCAACACCAGUGCAAUCGCCUUUUUCAAUCAACAUGGCUGCAACUCCACUGCAGCUAAUACCAAGUACAACAGCAGAGCGGCUACACUUUACAGAGAAAAAAUAAAGACACUUGCCACACAGGCCACACGGUGUCAUGGCACUGAGCUAUGGCUUGACAGUCAGGCUCCUCUUUCACCAACAUCGCCAGAAGAUAAACAUUUGGAUUUCUUUAGUCUGCACACACAAACUCUCGCUGAAAAUCUAAAUAUGGCCAAAAUGAGUCUUAGUGCCUCUACAUCUGAAAAACCUGAACCCACUGAAGAAGACAAAAAUGGUAACUCUGAAGAAGGGCCUAGUGUAGAAAUGCUGAGCACUUCUCCAAAGGCAAAUCCAGAAUGUCUCUCACUAUUAAAAAAGAAACCGACUGCUGCUAAGAAAUCACUUGCUUCCAAGAAAGGGGGCCUUGGAGCUCAAAGAGUGAGUAGUAAAAGUUUCUCUGAGGUGGAAAAAAUGGCUCAAGCUGUUGACAAACUUCGAGAGAAAGAAGAAGGUGCUUCACCAAAGAUGAUGUCGCUUCAGGCUGAGGAGGCUGUUGCCCCAUCCAUGCGGCUGGCAUAUAAAGAUCUUGAGAAUCAAAGAAAACUUGAAGAGAAGAAAAUUGAUAAGUUAGAAGGAAACAAGAAAGAGCAAGCAGAGAGGCUUGGCAUGGGUCUGGGAUUAAGAAGUGGAAUUACCCAUUCAGUGACUUCAGAAAUCCAGUUUAUCCAGCAAGAGAACCCUCUGGGAGGAAAGGCCAAAAAGAGCCAAAAUAUUGAUGAUGAUGACGCUUCUUUCAGCUCUAGGGUUUUGUCACGGUUUGAAAAUGAAACAUCAGAUAAGUAUUCAGCUCUUUGGGACGACAGCAGUGAAGGAGGAGGGUGGCUUAAAGAAAGCAAGAAACCGGAACCAGACUUCUACAUCACAACCGCUGUACUGGCCCGUGAUGACAGAUCUACAUCCAGGAGAAAAGCAGAACCCGUUCCAGUGGUGGAUACAGGGGAUGCUCAGAACAAGUUCGGUGAUGCCAAAGCUAUUUCUUCUGACAUGUACUUUGGGAAACAGGACAAUAAUGAGUAUGAGCCUAAAAGAAGACUGGAGAGAUUGUCUGCUAAUUCCUCCAUAAGUUCAUCAGAUUUAUUUGACGACGAGAAAAAACAAAGCACAAGUUCUUAUCGAUUAACCAAAGUUCUGCCCAGUGCUCCUGAUAUGUCACAGCUGAAACAGGGAGUACGCUCAGUCGCUGGAAGAUUGUCUGUGAUGGCCAGCGGCGUUGUCAACACUAUACAGGAUCAUUAUGGUUCCUGA